CCAAGGCGAAAGUUCUUCAAAAAGCGGCGUUCUCCGUAUUUUCUUAGAUCUAAAGUAAUCAAAAUGUCUGAGGAAAAUGCUGCUACUAAUCUAGAGAAAUCAACUGUGGAUGGGAGGGUUGAUAAGUUGGAAGCUAUAAUGCAAACUAUGGCUGCUAUUCUUCAGACUAUCAGUCUCACUUUGUCCACUUUGGCUACUAGUUCGGUUCCUUCACCUACACCCUUAAUACCCACAAUACCAGUUCCACCUGUCCCUACCAUCACACCAGGUAAUCGUGCUAAAGAUCCAAUGGUCACACAAUUGCAAUUUCCAUCUGUUUAUGAGAAUCAGCCUCUAGUAGGAGAGUCAUCUUCACAUGCUCCACAAAUAUCAUCUCUGCCCUUUGAAACCUCAUACCCACCAUUCGAGGUAAACAACCCUACCUUAUCCACAACCUCACCUCUUACCCUUAACAUACCACCCUUGAUGGGACAAGUGCCAACUAUUCAAGCCAACCCCUUGGUUGCAAUGUUAAGGCCUGCUUUAGAGGAUGGGAAAUCAAGAGAGGUUGAUCACAAGCUGCAACAGUUAGAAGAGGCUUUGAAGGCUAUGCAAGGGCCGCAAGCUUAUGGUUGUCCUUAUGCCCACCUGCAGAUGUAUGCUAGGAAGAUGGCACCUUAUGCUAAUGAUGAAAGGGUGUUCAUUCAUUAUUUUCAAGACAAUCUCUCAGGCCCAGCAAGUGUUUGGUUUUCAACACUUGACAAGAAGAAGAUUCGCACUUUCAAAGAUGUGUCUCAAGCUUUCAUGAAGCAAUAUGAGUAUAAUAUGAGUUUGACCCCUACAAGAGAUAGCUUGCAAAAAAUUACCAAGAAGAGUAAUGAAACUUUCAAAGAAUUUGCUCAAAGGUGGAGAUCCGAAGCAGGUAAAGUCAUGCCACCUCUCACUAAUAGUGAAAUUUGCUCUCUCUUUAUCAAGUCGACUACUGGGACUUUCCAUGCAUCGUUAGCUCCUUGUGUGGGAUAUACUUUCGCUCAGCUAGUGACAGUGGGUGAACAGAUUGAAGAUGGACUUAAGACCGACAUAAUCAUGGAUUUUCAAGCCAUCCAGAAACAGUUAGAACAAGUCAAAAUGGGUAGUGCCGGAUCUACUUCAAAGAAGUUUGCACCCGGAGGAAGAAAAGAAGAUGAAGAAGCUUUGAGCCAUAUUUCCACUUGUCAUAAUGUGGCAAAUAUUCCUUAUAAGCGCCGAACUCAAAUGCAAUACACCCCAGCUUAUAAGCCUACCACUCACUCUCAAAGGAGGCCAAACUUUAAUGCUCACACUUCGUUAAGGCAGCAAUUCCCAUCUACGAAUAAGUCAAGACAGUUCACUAAGCUUCCAAUCCCUUAUGAUCUUAUCGAUGAGGGUAAACUUCAGUUCGAUGAAGCCAAGAGUACUUCGAACAUCACUCAAAAUCCUUUACCCCCUUACAAUGCAGGCACAAUGAAUAUGGUCGCUCUUGAUGAAGUUGGAAAGCCCAUGUUGGAGAAUGCUAGUUUUUGGUCUCUUGAUGAAUUGCUUACCAUUUUGACAAAGUAUGGUUUGAUUCAGCCGAUUGCACAAAUGAGCUUGAAUGUUUCCCUUGCAAUGAUUGAUGAUGCCUUGGUGUCAGAAAAAUGUGUAGCACAAUUUGAGGAGGUGAUUGUGGAAGAUAUCAUUGAUGAAGUCUGUUCUGAUGAUGAAGAAUACUAUUUUGGCUUCAACAAUCUCUUUGGGUCGGCCAACAUGGUAGAUCCUAAGGAGACACGGAGGAGGAUACUAGUUGAAAGGGCAUUCAUGGAGAAGCAACCCAACUUCCAUCUUGUUCAUCAUGUGAAAGCUCCAAUGGAUUCACAUGAGUCUAUGUCUCUUGAAUUAGUGAAAGAAGAAUCACUAUGUGACUCAUGGGGAAAUUUGACCAUGAAUGCUCUAGAUGAGGAAGAAUCAGAAUUUGAUACGGGAAUUUCACUAGUCAGUGGAAGCUUUCAGGCUAAUUGGACAGCGAAACUUCUCCCUGCAGCUUUCAUCUUUGAGUAAAAGGAGUCAACCUUUAGUAGUUUUGCUUGUGACUAUGUGAAGGGAGGAUUCAACAAGCACUUUUAUAUUUUCUGAAAUUUAUGUUAUCAUGCUACUAGUAUUCCCAUGCUUUCCUUUUCAAUGAACAUGUUGCAAUCCU